AUGUCCUCCAUGCGCAACGCCGUUCAACGGCGAAACCACAAAGAGCGUGCCCAGCUCGAAGGCCGCGAGAAGUGGGGUAUCCUUGAAAAGCACAAGGAUUACUCGCUCCGUGCCAAAGACUACAAUGCUAAGAAGGCGAAGAUCAAGCGUCUCGAGGAGAAGGCGCGCGAUCGUAACCCCGAUGAGUUUCACUUCGGUAUGAUGGGUGGUCAGAACCAGACACAAGGCAAACAUGGCCGAGGUGGUGUAGGGCGAGCUUCCGCUGCAGGACUGAGCCACGAUGCUGUCAAGUUGCUCAAGACUCAGGAUCAAGGUUAUCUCCGAACCGCCGGAGAACGGAUACGUCGACAGAUUGAGACUUUGCAGCGCGACAUUCAGCUGCAGGAUGGCAUGAACUCGGCUUUGGGUGUCAAGACCCAAGAGAAGAAGGAAGAGUCAGAGGAUGAAGACGAUUUCGACGGAUUCGACGACCUGGAUGAUCUCGCUUUCAGCAAACCAGCUAAGCCGAAAUCACGCAAGGUGGUCUUCGCUGAUGACCGGAGUGAACAAAGAGUCAUGAAAAGGGGGAGUGAACAGACCGAGGCCGAGGAGGAAAGCGAUGAUGAGGAGUCUCGCCAGACCAAAGCAACCCCCAAAGAGAUCACUGCAAAGCGGCAAGCACUUGUUGAGGCUCGCCGAGCCCGCAAGCUCCGAAAGCGGGCCGUUGAGGCUCGACAGAACAAGCUCGCUGCGCUGCAGAAGCAAUACGAGGGAAUCCAAGCAGCCGAGCGGGAAGUUGAGUGGCAGCGCGGCAAGAUGACCAACUCCGUGGGCGGAACCAACAAGAAUGGGAUCAAAUGGAAGAUCCGAGAGCGCAAGCGCUAA